AAAGAAAAUGAUAUGUGUAUGUAACUGUCUUUUCUUUUCGUCCCCCAUGUCGAAACUACAUGAACACAAAAGCGCAUUUAUUCGUCAUCCCUACGAAGGAGUGUGAAAAAAAUAUGCUUGCACUUGUCGAAGAUAAACAAGUGUGUGUUUAUUCUUCUUGUUGACAUUUUUAAAAUACAUCCAGAGCGAAAUGAAGCAAGAUAUUUCAACCACUCUUUCCAAACUAGGUAUUAAGAAGAGCGGUGGUGUCGAAACUCAUACGUCAUCUCAAUCUUCUUUUACGGUUAUAUAAAUCUGUUGUCUGUUAAAAUCAUCAUAUGCUUUUUAUACAUCAAGCUGGCUAGAUAAUAAAAAAGAAAUUGUUUGUAUGUAUAAAAGACAAUAGUAGAGAAUAUUUUAACGUAAAGUGGUUUGGUGAGGUCACUUAAUGAGAGUAAUUGAUAAUCCAUAAAAAGAUAUUAAAGAACGCAAGAAGCAAUGAAGGGAGUUUUCUUGACCUUCAUCGUUGGCGUGUUAAUUUGUAUAACUACAGCAGAAAAUAUACCAAGGUAUUUCUCGCUCAACCAAUUUUAUCCAACAAAAGGUGAGAGAGAUCCAAGACUAAGCGAGACGAAAUCCAGUGGUGCUAUUCGUGAUGUUAUCAAACGUAACUCGCCAAGGUUUCGAAAAGUUUUAGUUCGAAACGCGAAUCAAGAAAUAGUUUUUCAUAACGAAGAUGCACGUUUGAUGACGUCACGAGCGAAAAGCAAGUUAGAUAUUUUGGCGAGUUUGACUCGAUCUCGAUGGAACAUGAACAUACGGGUAUUAAAAGCUUGGACAGAUGAUGUCAGUGCAGAUUUGCUCUCAUUGCAUUAUGAAGGUCGAGCCAUCAUAGUUCGGACAAAUGACAACAACAAUGGAAGAAUCAGUGAUUUAGCUAAGUUAGCUUUAGAGGCUGGAUUUGAUUGGGUUCACUAUAAAGACAGAGAUUAUAUCCACAUCAGUGUAAUUCCUGACGUAUGUCAAACAAAAUUGGAUCUUGCCAUUGUUGUUGAUACUUCAGGAAGUGUUGGUAUACACAAUUUCAAUAAAAUCAAAUUAUUUCUCAACAAACUCAUUGAUUUCUUUAACAUUGGUAUUGAUGAAACACACAUUGCUCUCAUCUCGUACUCUUACAGUGUCAAAGUAGAAUUUCCCUUAAAUCGAUACUACAAUAAAUGGGAUCUAAAGCAAGCGAUCAAUCGAAUGUGGUACCAAGGUGCCAACACAGCCACUGGUAAUGCUCUCAUUGCACUGAAACAGCAAACAUUUACUCUGCAAAAUGGAAUGAGAGAUGAUAAAAGUAUUCCAAAGAUCGGUAUUCUUAUGACUGAUGGAUAUUCAAAUGGAGGAAUGAGUGUAGCUCAGGCUGCUAGACAAGUGAAAGCUGCAGGAAUAAACAUGUUUGUUGUUGGUAUUACAAACAAUCCAAGACGAUCGGAAAUCAAUGCUAUUGCUAGUCCACCAAUCGAUGAGCAUUAUAUUGCAAUUGCAAGGUUUACAGAUUUGUCAAGCUUUGUUGAUCAAAUAAGUACUGUUUCAUGUGAUGAGGGAGCGCAAAUCUCACAAUGUGAAAAUGCUGAUACUGAUGUUGAUGGAGGUUCAUUUAAAUACUUCCGCGUUCAAGUCAAAAGUAGCGUUACAAUCGAAGUGCAGGAUAAACAAGGACAGAGCUUUCUGUAUGUAUCGUUUAAAUUGAAGAAUCCUGGUCCUCUGUCACAGGGAGAUAUUAUGAAAAAUGAGAAUCCAUUAUCACCGCGAACAAUCCCAAUAAAUAUUCCAUCAGGAAGUUCAAAGAUCGUUUACAUUGCUGUGCAGGGACAAAAGGAACAUAAUCAGUUCUCCCUUAGUAUUUGGGAUUCAUUAUUCCCUAAUCCGACCAUCACUAAAACUGUUGACGAGAAUCAAGUUUCCGGUGUGACUGUUGCACGAGUCCAAACAAAAAUUUCGCCAAAUAUGUUCAAGUAUUCCAUCAAAGAUGGAAAUAUUAAUAACCAUUUCCAAAUCGAUUCAAACUCUGGCGUUGUCAAAACAAAAGUGUCACUAGAUCGAGAAAAAAUCUCCAAAUAUCAACUUAGCAUUAUUGCACAGGAUGAGAAUGAGAAAUGUCACAAAGGAUUAAUGGUGCUUAUCGUAUACGUAGAAGAUAAAGAUGAUAAUAAACCAAAAUUUGAAAAAAGCCUCUACACAGCAAGUGUUUGGGAGGAUGUACCACAGAACCAGUAUGUAGUGAAGGUUCAAGCUACAGACCAGGAUGUUGGCAGUAAUGCAAAGUUAACUUAUGAAAUUUAUGAGCCUGCAGGUGACAAGAAUGUUUUCCAAAUUGACCCCGAUACCGGUGUUGUACGAACCAGAGCUACUUUAGAUUAUGAAACAAAAACAAGCUAUGAGUUGAAGCUGCGUGUGAGCGAUGGUGGGAAUACAAAAGACUACGGCUAUGCAACCCUUAAAAUUCAAGUACAGGACGUAAAUGAACCACCAUAUUUUACGCAACCGUCUUGUAUAUUAAGUCAGAAUUGUUUGUUCACCAUCAAAGAGAAUAAACCAGCUAAAUCAAAUGUUGGUCAAGUGAUCCAAGCAAAUGAUCCGGACACUAGAGCAAACUGUAGAUUAGAGUAUCAUAUAGUUUCCUUGGAUAACAAGUACUUCACCAUUGACAAAACAACCGGCGUAAUAACCACGAAAGAGGAACUUGACAGAGAAACGAAAGAAACGUACUCGUUAGACGUGAGAGUUUCAGAUUGUGGAACACCAAGGCUGUCUGCACAAAAAACAGUCAUCGUGAAAGCAUUAGAUGAGAAUGAUAAUCAUCCUGUCUUUCCUUACCCUUCUUACACACAACGUGUCCCAGAAGAUAAACUGGUAAAUAGUCGCAUUAUCAAACUUACCGCGACAGAUUUGGACGCGGGUGCAAGCGCUAGAAUAACAUACAGCAUAACAAAAACUGAUGCUACAAAUGUGUUUACUAUUAAUCCAUCGACUGGUGAGAUCGUUCUAAAAAGGCAAUUAGAUAGAGAAACAAAAGCAAAAAUAACGCUUGAAGUGACAGCCACCGAUGGUGGAUCACCUCUAAAAAGCACUCCAAUAAGUGUUGUCAUAAUUGUCACUGAUGUUAAUGACAAUAGGCCUGCAUUUAGUGGACCAACAGAUCAACAGGUUAAAGAAAACGUUGGCAAAGGAACUCAUGUUUUUGCAGUCACAGCUACAGAUGCUGAUGAGGGUUUAAACAAGAAAAUAAGAUUCUCGAUUGUCAGUGGCAAUAACGGAGGCGUGUUCAAAAUUUUUGAUUCUGGUCAAGUUGAAACAUCUGGUCAACCUGAUCGUGAGAAACAAGAAUAUUAUACUUUAAAGAUUAGAGCAAGAGAUUUCGGUUCACCUUCUCUGUACUCAGACCGAGAUUAUCGUGUGCAGAUCUUAGAUGAAAAUGAUAAUACACCAGUGUUUUCAAGAACAAGAUACAUUAAAACGGUCAAAGAAAAUGCGCCACAAAAUUCAGAUGUUAUCCAGGUUAGAGCAGAUGAUGCUGACAUAGGAACUAAUGCAGAAAUUAUCUUCUCUGUUGACUCGGGAAAUGACGGUAACAAAUUUAGCAUCGAUGCUUCGAAUGGCUUGAUAAAGUUGGUUGGAAAGUUAGAGUACGGUACAAAGAAUGUUUACCGACUGCGUAUCAAAGCUACUGAUAAAGGCACUCCAAGAACACUGACCGGAACUUCGAUUGUUGAUAUCACUGUUCAAGAUACGAACGACUUCAAACCUGUAUUUUCUAAAAACCAAUACACCAAACAAAUUGACGAAAACAUCAAAAUUAACACACCAAUUUUAAAAGUGUCGGCGAUAGAUCAGGACAGUGGUACUAGUGGACAAAUUAUUUAUACCAUAACACGACAAGAAAACGAUAACGCGUUUUAUAUCGAUUCAAACACAGGUCAGAUCUUCAAUAGAGGAAACAUCGACUACGAAACGCGACAAAGCUACCUUUUGACUGUUACUGCAAUCGAUAAAGGAGUUCCAGCGAAAUUUUCCACAGCAACUGUGAAUAUUCAAGUAAAUGAUCUUAAUGACAACACUCCUGUCAUGGCAAAUGUGGAGAAAUCCAUCUUGGAAGAUAAAUCUGUAAACUUUGUAGUACAUCAGCUUGUUGCUACUGACAAAGAUAGUGGCGACAACAAAGUUAUUGAAUACACCCUUAUCACUACUGGUGUUCCAUUUGCUGUCUCUAAAGAUGGUAGACUCAUUGUGUCAGGUGCACUUGAUCGUGAGACGCAAAGUGCCUAUACCCUUAACGUGCGAGCACAAGAUAAAGGCGUACCAUCAAGGUCGUCUACCGCAACUGUAGUUAUUCGCCUCGAUGACAUUAAUGAUAACACACCAGUGUUCGGUAAAAACAGCUUCGAUUGUUCAGUUUUUGAAAACGCGCCAAUUAAUACUCACGUAUGUUACGUGAAAGCCACAGAUCAAGAUAUCGGUACAAACGCGCAAAUCAAAUAUAGUUCCAGUGAUGAUUCCCUCUUUAAGAUUAACGUGAAUACUGGGGAAGUAACAACGGCAAAAAUUUAUGAUCGUGAAGUUGAUAGUGUGAAAUCUAUACGAAUAAAAGCACAAGAUCAGGGACGGUAUCCAAAGGCAUUAGAUGCAUCGGUGGGCUUAAAUGUUACUAUCAAAGAUGAGAAUGACAAUACACCUGAGUUUGGUAAACAAAAAUACACAUUCAAUAUCAAAGAAAACGAAAACGACGGAACCGACGUCGGAGAUGUUGGCGCUACCGACAGAGACACCCGCAGCAAUGCUGAUAUUGACUAUACGAUUACCAGUGGUCAUAUAUUUGGUGGAGUGGCAAGGUUCUCGAUCGUGAAGACCAGUAAUAACAAAGCCAUAUUGAAAGCUAAAAAACUGGACCGAGAAACUCGAUCAUCUUACAGUUUAACGAUUCGGGCUAAUGAUCGAGGCACGCCAUCAUUGUCAGCAACUGUGGUUGCCACAGUUGACGUUAAUGAUUUGAACGACAACAAACCGAUCUUCACUGAGAAUGUUUACACUAGCAAAAUAAAAGAAAGUGUAGGCGUUGGCACAUACGUGUUGAAGGUUUCAGCUUCAGACCGUGAUGCAGGUAGUAAUGCCGAAAUAGCUUACAAAUUCAUUAGCGGUACCAAUCAAGAUUAUUUUUCACUGGACGUGAAUAGUGGUGUAUUAACAACAGCUAAGAAGUUGGAUUACGAAACCAUUCAAGCGUACUCUUUCACUGUGACAGCAGAAGAUAAAGGUAGUCCGAAGAAUACCGACACUGCACAAGUUAAAAUCGAGAUUCUGAAUGUCGAUGACAACGCACCAAAGUUCGAAAAUAUAAGUCAAGUUGAGUUACCGGAAGAUAUAGGCGUCGGUCAACCGGUGGUUCAGUUUAAGGCCACAGACAAGGACGGGUCCACUUUGACGUUUAGCAUUAUUGGAGGAAACACCGAAAAUAAAUUUAUAGUGGACAGAAAUACAGGUUUAAUGAGCGUUAAUCAACCGCUUGAUCGUGAAACUACCGACAUUUAUAACGUCACCGUUCAAACGUCAGACGGCAGCAAAACGGCGCUGGCGCAUUUACCAAUUAAAGUAUUAGAUGUUAAUGACAAUCAACCAAUUUUUUCGAGCACAUCUUAUAGUGGAUCUAUUGAUGAAGAUGCUUCUUCUGGAACAUUUGUUUUUGCUGCUAAUAAAGCCAUUCUUAGUGUUCACGCAACUGACAGAGAUCUGGGCACCAACGCAGAGAUCGUUUAUUCAAUCGUUUCUGGUGGCAAAGAUGACUUUAGUAUUGCCGGAUCGACAGGUGAAAUCAGAGCAAAAGGUAGCUUAGAUAGAGAGGAACAGGCUGAAUACAACUUGAAAGUUAUGGCUGCUGACAAAGGCUCUCCUACGCUAAGCUCAGUUGUCAUGGUGAACGUGAAAAUCAACGAUCUUAAUGACAAUUCUCCACAGUUUGAAAAAUCAGCUUAUUCAAUCUCUAUCGCAGAGAAUACUGGUGUGUCUGCCCGACUUCUUGCUGUUAAAGCAACAGAUGAAGACGAAGGAGAGAACGGAAGAGUGACGUAUAAAAUAGUUUCAGGUUCUACCAGCGAUUUUAGAAUUAAUGAUACAACAGGAGAAGUGUUUACCAAAAUAAACUUGGACCGGGAAACAAAAGGUAGCCAUCAAAUCACAAUUAAAGCUACUGACCAUGGCGUGAAACCACUGAGUAAUUCAGUUGUCAUGACAAUUACAGUAACUGAUAUGAAUGAUAACAAUCCGAUUAUAACAUUUCCAACCAAACUUGCUGCUGUCAACGAAAGUUCACCAGAGCUGUACAAGGUUGGAACUAUCCAAGCCACAGACAGAGAUAUUGGUGUAAACCGUCAACUCGUGUACGGCAUUCAAGACGAAGCCAAUCUUUUUGGUAUCAAUCCUAACAGCGGUGAAGUCUACUUGACAGGUAUGCUCGACCGCGAGAACAAACCCAGACAUCUGGUGACAGUGACUGUCCAUGAUAAAGGCGUACCACAGCUUGACGCUACAAAGAGUUACAAUGUGAUCGUACUGGAUGCUAACGAUAAUAAGCCUGAUUUUAUAUCGGCCAAAUACGCAGGAUCUGUGGAGGAGAACAAAGCUGGACGCAACAAGUUGUUCACCGUAAAAGCUGAUGAUAAGGAUAUUGGUGAAAAUGCCAUCGUGUCCUACUCCAUUGUAGAUGAUCAGCAAGGCUUAUUUGAGAUUGACCAAUCAGGUCAAGUUUUUGUUGUCAAGGAAACUGAUUUCGAGAAAAAAUUCUCGUAUUCGUUAACAAUCAAGGCUUCUGAUUGGAAGUUUAAUACCACGGUUGAUGCUGAAAUCACCAUUAUCGAUGUGAAUGACAACAAUCCUAUUUUCGUACAAUCAACAUACACAAAAGUGAUCGCUGAAAACAGUAAUCUUGGCGCGUCAGUGUUGACAGUAGCAGCAACAGAUGUUGAUCCUUUUGGUGAUUUAAUUUACUAUUUUGACAAAACUGCAGAAACUCUCCCUUUUGAUAUAGACAGUAGAACAGGCGUGAUAACGGUAGCCGGUUUAUUAGACUACGAAGUCCAAAAAAAGUAUACUUUCAAAGUUAUGGCAAACGACAGCGGUACGCCACAGUUGACGGGUAACUGUACCGUCGCGAUCUCUAUCAGCGACGUCAAUGACAACCAACCAGAAUUCUCGAAUUACACAAAGACGGUUGCUGUGAAAGAAAAUCAAAAAGCCGGUAUAUUUGUUGCAACUUUGACGGCAACUGAUAAAGAUAGCGGCUUGAACGGUGUCGUGAAGUACUACGAAUCCACAAUAGGUGGACAGAAAAGCAAAGAUUUUGAAAUCUUACCUGACACCGGCGAAGUAAAGACUAUUCGAUCUUUCGAUCGCGAGGUGGAAGCUACGUUACAAUUCGUAGUAUAUGCGAUAGAUCAAGGAAAAGACAGGCAGCUAAAGUCCAAGGAGUUCUUUCUUACAGUGAACAUACUAGAUGAAAACGAUAACUCGCCGAUAUGGAAAGAGCAAAACUACAAAGUGGACAUUUUAGAAUCAGCUGCUGUUGGAGAGCAGGUCAUCAGCGUGAAAGCUACAGACUUAGAUCAAGCGCAGAACGGUCGAGUAUCUUACGAAAUUGUCGAUACUAGUGGACAAUUUGGCAUUGAAGCUGAUUCAGGUGUUGUUCACGUUAAAACCGGUUUGGAUCGAGAAACACGUGACUCGUAUACUUUAAAACUGAUCGCUAGAGAUAACGGUACCACUUCUCGCAGCGCGGAGAACACAUUGAAUAUCACCAUUUUAGACGUCAACGAUAAUUCUCCUCUGGUUGAUCCUACCACCCUAACCGGACACGUAUUCGAAAAUAAACCCGGACAAACUACUAUAGUUAGGGUGAAAGCAACAGAUCGUGAUAUCGGCAAGAAUGCGCAAAUUGAGUAUUCGAUGUCAAACAAUGACUUGUUCUCAAUUGAUGCAGUAUCUGGACGUGUACAAACAUUGAGACCUUUGGAUCGAGAGGAAAAAGAUAAAUAUAACUUGGAAAUUACAGUUUACGACAAAGGUGUACCGCGGCGUCAAACCAACGCUAUUCUUAACAUCACAGUACUUGAUGUCGACGAUAACUGUCCGAUAUUUGCAGCUAACGUUUAUAACGCUAACGUUGAAGAGAAUGCAGACUUUGGCACAUUUGUAUUGCAAGUGUCGGCGACAGAUGCGGAUAUUGGUACUAAUGCUAUAUUAAAUUAUGGAGUUUUUGAAACCAACGGUCCGUUCACGAUUAAUCAAGAUAGUGGCAAUAUUACGGUAGCCGGAGACGUAGAUUUGGAAUACACACAAACGUAUUAUAUGAAAAUUAGGGCUGGCUCAUUGACGUGUGGAAUAAAAGUUAACGGAACUAACGUCGGAGAAGGUGGAAAAACUGACAACCAAAACUACACUUUGACCUAUGUUUACGUCACCGUUAUUGACAAGAAUGAUAAUAGCCCGGUUUUCCGAAACGGGAAGGAAAAAAUCCACUUUAAUCGGAUUGACAUGAUUCACUUAAUCACGCUUAAUGCUACUGAUGAUGAUUCAGGUCCUGGUGGAGAGGUUGCAUAUCGCCUUGCAGAAACAAAGCAACAAAAUGUGAACGGAACAAUCGAAAACUAUGUGGUUGUGGAGGCUUACGAUCACGCUCCUACUCCUCUUGUCUCAAACCAGACUUUAGUUGUGGUGAAUGACAUACGCUGUGAUCGAAUGCUGUUCGAAGUUUCGCAAAAUGGUAGCGUGACUGUGAAAGCAUUGUGUUCACUAACGAACACGAAAACAUCUAUCAAUUUGCUGGUAGGCGAAACUUUAGAUUUGGAAUGUAAAACUACCGGCAACGUCAACGACGUGAAAUACAGAUGGGUAAAAGACGGCAACGUUGUGUCGACAUGGAGUAAAAGUGGAAAACUUCAGAUAGAAGAUGUCCAGCAGAAUCAAGAAGGUGUCUAUGCCUGCGUGGCCUCCAGUGUUGCGGGCGUUAUCCAAUCCACAGCCACGGAAGUUGUUGUACAAGAAAAACCAGUCAUUGUCAAACAACCAAUUUCACAAACAGUCGGCAUCGACGGUACAGUUAUUCUGAAAAUCGCUGCUUCAGGUGAUCCAAUUCCCACAUACCAGUGGUACAGAGACGGUAGUAAGUACAAGGGGUAUACAUCCAGUAACCUUACAUUGAGAGACACCAUUCAAGCUGAUUCGGGAAAAUACUACUGCAUCGUCGAGAAUUCAGUUGGCUCCGUGAAGUCGGAUGAAGUAAAGCUUCGCGUUGUUGACCAUUCAACCGUGGUGGUAAUGAAGGUUGCUAUUGACAAACCAGAUUUAAAGCAAAAUUGUCAAAAUUUCAUCAUAGAAGAUUUUGAGAAAAGUUUAACGGGUGUCAUAACAAACAAACUGGUGGUUACAGAACAUCCGAAACUCGAUCCGAAAUUCUGUAAAAUUACGGCCUGCAGUAGGAAUCCUUGUUCAAACGGUGGUACUUGCUCUGUAACAGAGACUGGAUUUAUGUGUGUUUGCCCAACGUCUUGGACUGGUGAUAAUUGCGAAAGGGAUUUAAAUGAGUGCAACCAAGGCUCCUCAAUAUGUUAUGGUAAUAGCACCUGUGCUAAUUUGGAAGGAUCAUACUCAUGCAAGUGUCCAAGCCAUUUAACUGGUCGAAAUUGCGAAUACUCCACAGAUGCCUGUAAAGCAAAUCUAUGCGAUAAAUCCAGUGACUUGUGUGUGGCGUCACAGAACAGAAACCGUUCGUGCGUUAAGAAAUCCACCGAGGUCACACUCAACAUUAACUCGAAAUCAUUCACGCCAUGGAACGAUCAAAAUCGAUUUGUUUUGGAAGAAAUGCUCAACCAGAUCAUAAAGACAAGAAAGGCUCAGCGCACGACGAGUCGCCGUAAACGUAGAAAUACAGGUAACUCGGUAGAUUUUGGUGUGUGCACGAUCCAUAUCACCAACCACGAAGUCGUUAGUGCAACCGAAAGCAAGAUCAAACUGGCUUUAGACUGUUAUGGGUCAAAUGAUACAGUAUUAAUCACGUUAACACCAAAGCUUCUCGUUGAUUUGUGCGGUCAGUUACUUGGAGCAGGUAACACCCUCCUCCAGUGUGGUCAGCCAGGCUCAAUGACCAAAAAAGAAGUGAAAAAAACUGACCCAGCGACUGUAGAUAUUCACGUUGUGAUUGAGGACAAAAAGACAGGCAAGGCUCUUCCCGCAGAAGAAGCCAUCGAUUUGUUGGAAAAGAAGAAGGACCAAUUUCCUUCUAGUUAUAACAUGUUAAGCGCAAAUGGUAGAGGUAAAAGAACACAGGAGGAGAAAAAAAAGAACACGGUUGUUAUUGCUGUUGUUGUUUGCUUAUGUCUAGCACUAGUAGCUGCGGUUGCCAUUUUUCUUUUCGUCAGACAUAAAAAUCAAAGUCGAGGUAAAGGGACUGACGUCAUGCAUCAACGUUCAGUUAUGUUGCGUAGUGAUCCGACGAGUUCUUCACAGCUUGUGCCUCGAGGAAGUGUAGAUGACGGCAUACCGAACGAAAAUUUGGCCUACAACGACGACGAUGAAGAAAUAAAUAACGGCACGUUUAUGUUCGAAAUGCCGGCAAAUUUGAAAGCGUCAAACAAAAAAACAGAGGACAUUGAGAAAGUUGGAUGGUAUCAUGGCGAGGUUAGCGAAACAAGCGUUGAAAAACUUUUAUCCCAAUGUAAUGAAGCAGGCACCUAUUUGCUUUACAAAAACGCAUCGAAAGAGUACGUUCUUGGCGUAAAAGCGUCGCCUGGAGGACCCUCAGUGCACCACUUCUCAAUCAAUAUUCCUAGCGAAGGAAGGUUCAACGUCCAGUUUGGUUCAAUGGACCCUAUGACAUUUAAUAGCGUUUCUCGUCUUAUCGAAUAUUACAGUGUUCAUACAAUAUCCUUUGACGACGACAUGAUACCCGAUGUCGUUCUUACGUCGCCAUUGCUUAAGUCAGCGCUGUAAAUAAGGAAUAGUGGGAGAACAUUUAAACAUAAGAAAUGACUUACUCGAGACUCGAUUAUCUAAAUUACACCAGGCAAGCGAGACAAAAAAAAACAAUUCGGUUACUCACCGCUGGAUUUUAUAAAAAUGAAGCAAAACAAAAAAAUCAGAACUUCUUUGUAUGUUUAGUAAUAUGAGUGGUCUGUUAUUGUAAGGAAUUAAAUGUAUAUAAACGAAUUUUUAUGUAAAUGUAAUUUUGUUCGAAGAGAAUUGAUAUAUUAAA